CUGACAGCGACUCUUACCUUUUCAAAAGUUGCAUAACUGGCAGAAAUUAGGCAGGUGCAGCGUGCAAAUCGGGGGUGCUGCACUAGUUAAAUUACUACGUGUUGGCAACUGUUAAAGACACAACCCUUGCCAGUAGCAAGGUUUAUUUAUUGAAUCUUUUACACUCCACCUUCUUGAUCCUCCAAAGCAGGGGUAGGCAAACUAAGGCCCAGGGGCCGGAUGUGGCCCAAUCGCCUUCUAAAUCCGGCCCGCAGAUGGUCUGGGAAUCAGCAUGUUUUUACAUGAGUAGAAUGUGUCCUUUUAUUUAAAAUGCAUCUCUGGGUUCUUUGUGGGGCCUGCCUGGUAUUUUUACAUGAGUAGAACGUGUCCUUUUAUUUAAAAUGCAUCUCAGGAUUAUUUAUGGAGCAUAGGAAUUCGUUCAUAUUUUUCCCCUAAAAUAUAACGUCGUCCGGCCCCCCACAUGCUCUGAGCAUAGCUGUCAACGUUUCCCUUUUUAAAGGGAAAUUCCCUUAUUCCGAAUAGGAUUCCUCGCAAGAAAAGGGAAAAGUUGACAGCUAUGGCUCUGAGGAAGGGUGGACCGGCCCACAGCUGAAGAAGGUUGCUAACCCCUGCCCCAAAGUGCGACCAAAAACACACAGUACUGUACAGUAACACGGGGACUCUCCCUCUCUUUUUCCUCACUUGAUCACCUGCAAGCAUUAUGCUUAUUUAUUUCUGAAGGUGUCUACCAUGUAUGCUGGGUAGUUUCAUGCUUUGUGGAUGUGCCUGUAGUGCAUCAAGAACUAUGUGAAACAAAACAAUGUCUUAGGUCAAUUUGGUAAUCUCAUGAAAAAACAGAAGGAUUAGGCCCAAACUACACAGGUUGGCAGCAGGACACCACACACUGUCUUCAAAUGUUCCAGUCAUGUCAAUGGCAGAAAGUGGGCAUGACUGGCAGCACAAUCCCAUACCCUCCAACAUUUCUCCAAUGAAAAUAGGGACAUCAUAUUAUUAUUAUUAUUAUUAUUAUUAUUAUUACUAUUAUUAUUAUCAUCCAACCAACUGUGGGCUGCUUCCAACAAUAAAAAAAUAAAAAAAUAACAUUUUUAAAAACGAGAGGUCAAAUAACUCCAUACCCUCCAACAUUUCUCUGAUGAAAAUAGGGACACCCUAAGGAAAAACAGGACAUCUAUAUGACACUCACUGUUUAUAAUCAGGAAAUGCAGGUCAUUUUACAGCAAAAUUAUCCGAUUUGGCUUCACCUCAGAUUACACAUCUAUGUCUGACCAGACAUUCAGAUAAAUCUUUCUGUUCAUGGCAAUUUAUGAAAUACCACAUUGGUAUGAACAUUGCUAUAAGUAUAUUUUUGUCCAGGGAGGGUGGAAGGGAAUAUAAUGUUUGUUAUUAUUGUUCAUCUAUGCAAACAUUUUUGAAGCAAUGUUCUAUACAUUAGAAGAUAGCCUUAGUCUCCAAUUAUUCAUCUAACCCCUUGGCAGCCAUCAAUAUAUCUUCUGGAAGCGAAUUCCAUCUACUAUGUGCUGCGUGAAGACACACUUUCUUUUGGCUGUCCUAAAUCAUCUUAACAUUUGCCUUCAUUGAAUGAGCCAUGUUCUAAUAUUAUGAGGGAGAAAAACUUCUAUCUAUCCUCUUUCUCUUCACCAUGCAUAAUUUGAUCCCCCUCUCUCAUGUCCCUCCCCCAACUUGCUCACACCCCCCCAUACUAAAAGGUCCCAAAUGUUAAAAUUUCAUUCCUUAUAAGGGGGUUGCUCAUAAAGCCACAUCAACUGAAACCGGUCCACGAUGCCACAGUAGAUGUGUGCAAAGGAGGGUAACCAAAAUGAUGAAGGGAUUGGAAACCAAGCUUUAUGAAGAAUGGUUGAAGAAGCUGGGUAUGUUUAGCCUGGAAAAGAGGAGACUGAGAGGAGAUAUGAUAGCCAUCUUCCAAUAUAUAAUAAGGGCUGUCACACAGAAGAUGGAGCAAGCUUUUCUCCUGCUCUGGAGGGUAGGACUCAAACCAGUGGCUUCAAGUUGCAAUAAUUGAGAUUCCGACUAAACAUCAGGAAGAACUUACUGACAGUAAGAGCUGUUCAACAGUGGAACAGACUCCCAGGAGAGGUGGUGGACUUUCCUUCCUUGGAAGUUUUUAAAGCAGAGGUUGGAUGGCCAUUUGCCACGGAUCACCUAGCUGAGAUUCCUGCAUUGCAGGGGGUUGGACUAGAUGACCCUCAGGGUCUCUUCCAACUCUACCAUUUACAAUUCUAUGACCCAAAACUUUUGCUGCAUUCUCUACGUACAGAGGAGACUUGCGUGCUUUCCAGUACGUACACGUGUCCCCAUCCACUCAGAAGGAAACCCCACUGAGUUCAAUGGGUCUUACUCCCAGGUAAGAGUAUAUACAGUGUAAAGCCAGCAGUUUGCGCUAUUAGCAUUCCCGGGGGCUGGUUGUUCCCCGGCUCUCCCGCUCGCCUCCUCCGAAAUCAGCUGACUCCGGUCACGUGAUUUCGCUGCCCGAAGCUGCUUCCCAUUUUUUUGCAGUUUAAACUCUGCUUCCAGGUCACGGAGGGGGUGUGGCAGCCCAUGCAGAGCAGCAAGUGGUGAUGGCCGGCUCCAGAAGCUGCUGCCGCCGCUCCUCCUGAUCCCAAUGGCCACCGCAACAGCAAAGGUACGUUGGGGGGGGGGGGGCGGUUGUAGCUCAUUUGUACAGCAUCUGCUUUGCAUGCACACAGAAAAGGUGUCAAGUACAAUCCCUGGCAUUCCCAGGUAGGCACGGAAUACCCCCUGCCUGAAACUCUCUCUGGAGCCUAACUGUAAGGAAGCAUCACCUGUUCCUGCUGAAAGCAGUCCUUCAUUCAGAAUCACAAGGACUGGAAUCUUUACAACUAUUUUACUUUUAAAAGACAACUGAAGGCGGCCCUGUUUAGGGAAGUUUUUAAUGUCUGGUGCUGUAUUGUUUUUAAUAUUCGGUUGGAAGCCGCCCAGAGUGGUUGGGCAAACCCAGCCAGAUAGGCGGGGUAUAAAUAAUAAAUUAUUGCAGUGGUACCAACAACAUGAUGUCUACUGCAUUCCGUUGUUGAAUAUGAUGGCUGCAUUCCCUUGGAUAGUGGAGUUGUUGAUGGACUAAAGCUGCCAUCAUGCCUGAUCACUGGCUGAGGCUGAUGGGAACUGGAGUCCAUCCGUGUCCUGGCACCCAUUUUUAAAAAUUAUUCUGCUCCCUGUCCCUUCCAGGCUUCUUCGGAAGCAACUAUGGACCAACGGCUGCAGCAGGCCCAAGCCUUCAAGAAGGAAGGGAACCAUUGUUACAAGGAGGGGCGUUUGCGGGCUGCCGUGAGCCGCUAUCACUGGGCCUUGCUGCAGGUGAAAGGGCUGGAUCCCAGCGUGCCUUCGCCUUUGCAGGAGUUUGGUGCGGAGAGGCCUCUUGUGACACCGGAACAGGAAAAGGAACUCCACAGCACCCAAAGCGACUGCUACAACAACCUUGCUGGUAAGCCAGGGAGAGUCUGUUACAUGUAUCUGAUGAAGUCCACAAGCAUGGCAUGACAGCGACUGACGGGGCUAUCCCACGAUAGCUAUCCCAUCCUAUUGGCUGGGUGAUAACGUUCUCCCAUUUGUCUGUCUUGUCCAAGACCUCCAGCCAUUGUUAUUGGAUUGACUCACAAUGAAAGGUGAUUUCAUAAAUUAAUUUUUCUCCUAUUAGCUGUAGGCUGGCUAAUGGUGAGAGCACCUUUGAGCGUGCACAGAGUGCCUACCCGAACCCCUUCCCACUGAGUAAUCCCGGGCUGUCGCUGGCCUCCUAGUAACAAUGUUGUGCUGUGUGCCUCUUCCACAGCAUGCCUCCUACAAAUGGAACCUGUGAACUAUGAGCGGGUGAAAGAGUACAGUCUAAAAGUCCUAGAAAGGCAGCCAGAGAACACCAAGGCGCUAUACCGAGCUGGAGUGGCUUUCUACCACCUGCGGGAUUACGACAGAGCCCAGCACCAUCUACUGGCAGCAACCAGCAAGCAGCCCAAAGGUGAGAGGUGCUAACAUGAUGGUGGAAGGAUCAUAAUACAGGUCACUUUGACUUUGGUGAUCUCUAGAGCAAGUGUGGGCAUCUGGAACAUAUGAAGCUGGCCUAUACUGAGGCUGUAUAUGCACUAUACCUUUAAAGCACAUUCUUUCCCUCAAAGAAUUCUGGGCCUUGUAGUUUGUUAAGCGAUGCUUGGAAUAGUAACUCCCUGAGGGAAUAAACUAGUGUCCAGAAUUCUUUUAGGGAAAGAAUGUGCUGUGAAUGUUCCUUAAAGGUGUAGUGUGUUUUUGUUUUUAUUCUCUUUGUUUUUAUUAUGUAUUUUGUGUUUUUUAUAUUGCGAUUUUAUGAUGUGGAUUGCCUUGAGAUCUACAGGUAUAGGGCAGUAUACACAUUUAAUAACUAAAAUAAUAAUUAUUAUAAUACAGUCGUACCUUGGAAGUCGAACGGAAUCUGUUCGGGAAGUCCAGUCGACUUCCAAAACAUUUGGAAACCAAAGCACGGCUUCUGAUUGCAGCCAAGAAGAAGCCCUGUCAGACGUUCGGGUUCCAAAAAAGUUUGCAAACCGGAACACUCACUUCCAGGUUUGCAGCAUUCGGGAGCUAAAACGUCCGAGUACCAACGCAUUCGGGAUUCAAGGUACAACUGUAAAUACAUAUCCUUAGUCAGUCAAAUUAUUUCUUUGUUAGAGACAAUUGAUCACCAUCAAAAUACAAACAGUAGAGAAGUACAUUUUAGCAGAGGUGGUCCCCAAUGCAAGAGACCCCAUGCUGUGUAAACUGAGUCAGACCAUUGGUCCAUCAUCUUCAAUAUUGUCUGCAUGGAGCAGCAGCAACUCUUCCGGUUCUCUGGCAGUGGACAUUCCCAGUCCUACCUGGAGUUACUGAGGACUGGAACCUGGGACCUUCUGCAUGCAAAGCAGAUUCAUCUGCCACUGACUUACAGCACCUCCCUGACAGUUUGUGAGCUGGAUUCAGCCCACAAAACAACUUCUUCCAAAUUUUCAUUGCGGCAUUUUAAAAAACAAUCGAAUUUAACUGUGGUUUUUGCAACCCUUUCCCUCCCUGUUUUUCUUUUCCAAUCUGUCCAUCGAAGAUGCCAACGUGAAGCGUUACCUGCAGCUGACGCAGUCUCAGCUGAACAGCUACCACAAAAAGGAAAAGCAGUUGUACAUGGGGAUGUUCGGCUAGAGGCGGCAGGUCCUCCCUGAAAACAGCUGGAUACGGCCUAGUGUUGGCUCCUGGUUUUGUGGGCCAUAUGUGGCCAUUGGCUUCAGAAGCAUCAGAUGACGCAGUGCCUUGGGAAACGUGUUUCAUUACCAAUUGAGCCUGGAAAAGUGUGAGCGACAGAGACCUCCUUCAACAUUUCCUCCCCUACCCAAUGUUGCUGUUUUUGGGUGCGGAACGGCUUGGGGAUGGACUGCCUAACCCCUAAACGAUUCCCUCCCUUCCAUUGCAGCUAAAAUAGGAACUACCAGCUAGAUUUGCUCUCUGUUUCGUUUUUCCCCUUCCAUCUCGCUGUUUCAUAAAAGUAUUUUGGGAAAUGUAACUUUUGACUGCGUGUGUAUGUGUGGUGCUUGUUUUACGCUUUGAUUCUGCAGAGGGAGAAACUGAAACUGAAACAAGAAAGGCCGAGCUCCUUAUUCAUAUAUUGGCUUUGGGGAAAUUGCUGAGUUUUGAAUGUGAGUCUUUCUCUCCUCCCACCCUUCCAUUACACAUAUCUAGCAGGUGACUCAGCAGUGCUUUGUUAUCUGGUUUUUUUGGUGCCCUUCGUUGCCAUAGCGACCGUCACUAGGCCUCUCCUGUGGCUUGCUCCUAUGGCAACGGCAUUCUGUUGUGUCAGCUAUGCUUGGCAUCUCUGUGUGACCUCGCCCCCACCCCACCCAGGGCCCAGACACCUCUGCCCAUACAAAAGGAAGGCCAGAGGUCUGCAUGUUCCACCUACCACAUGCCUGUGUUGGAGCUUUUGCCGCUGCCACUCUCAAGAGCUGCUAGUCUAUCCAGUGUUUAAGAAAAUGGGUUUGCUUCCCUUUCUUCAUAUUUCUUCUAACAUAAAAUUGCAGUUGGGGUGGGUUAUUGGUGAUCCUUGGUUGCAUGCCAGAAGAGGCCAACCCUUCCAAGAGAGAGAGAUGCCUGGGGUUUCACCUGGGUCUGAAUCUGCAAGGCACAGGCAGCUACUGGCACAAAGGGAGCAUCGUGGCGCUGGGAUCAAGGCCACGUUCCCACCAUACAUUUAAAGCUCUCUGAUACCAUAUAAUACAGUGGUACCUCGGGGUAAGAACUUAAUUCUUUCCGGAGGUCCCUACUUAACCUAAAACUGUUCUUAACCUGAAGCACCACUUUAGCUAAUGGGGCCUCCCGCUACCGCCGCCACACGAUUUCUGUUCUCAUCCUGAAGCAAAGUUCUUAACCCGAGGUACUAUUUCUGGGUUAGCGGAGUCUGUAACCUGAAGCGCCUGUAACCCAAGGUACCACUGUAAUAAUUUAUUAUCAAUACCCCGCCCAUCUGGCUGGGUUUCCCCAGCCACUCUGGGCAGCUCUCAACAGAAUAAUACAAUCAUACCUUGGGUUGCGAAUGUGAUCCGUGCGGGAGGCACGUUUGCAACCCGCAGCGUUCGCAGCCUGAAGUGCCCGUCUGCGCACGUGCGUGAUGCGAUUCGGCGCUUCUGCGCAUGCGCGUGAUGUCAUUUUGCGCUUCUGAGCAGGCACCUAAACCCGUAAGUAACCCAUUCCGGUACUUCCGGGUUCGGCGCAGUCCACAACCCAAAAACAUGCAACCUGCAGCGUUCGUAACCCGAGGUGUGACUGUAGUAAUACAGUGGUACCUCGGGUUACAGACGCUUCAGGUUACAAACUCCGCUAACCAGGAAGUGGUUGCUUCAGGUUAAGAACUUUGCCCCAGGAUAAGAACAGAAAUUGCACACCAGUGGGAGGCCCCAUUAGCAAAAGCACGCCUCAGGUUAAGAACCGUUUCAGGUUAAGAACGGACCUCUGGAACAAAUUAAGUUCUUAACCCGAGGUACCACAGUAGUAGUAGUAGUAGUAGUAAUAAUAAUAAUUAAUAAAAGAUCAAACAUUAAAAACUUCCCUAUACAGGGCUGCCUUCAGAUGUAGUUCUUUAUCUCCUUGACAUCUGAUGGGAGGGAGUUCCACAGGGCGGGCACCACUACCAAGAAGGCCCUCUCAGUGGCUCCCUGUAACCUCACUUCUCGCAGUGAGGGAACCACCAGAAGGCCCUCAGAGCUGGACCUCGGUGUCUGGGCAGAAAGAUGGGGGUGGAGAUGCUCCUUCAGGUAUACUGGGCCAAGGCCGUUUUAGAGCUUUAAAGGUCAGCACCAACACUUUGAAUUAUGCUCAGAAACUUUAAACUGUCAUGGCUACCCCCAAUAAUUCUGGGAGCUGUAGUUGUGGGUGCUGAGAGUUGUUAGGUGACCCCUAUUACAGUGCUACAAUUCUCUGAGUUCCCUGGGAAGGGGGAUCGAUUGCUAACUGGGUAUUGUAAGCUUGUGAGAAUAAUGGAAUAUCCUAACAGCUCUCUGCACCCAUAACAAACUAUAGCUCCCAGAAUUAUUUUUUUUGGGGGGGGGAUGCACUUUCAAUGUAUGUUGUGACUGUGGCCUCAGCGUGCUAGGAGGGGAGAUCCAUGCUCAAAAAUCCCACCCAGUAACUAAGAACCCCUCCCUCCAGGCUGGUGUAUGUGUGUGAGUUUGCCAGUAUAUUCUGCAAGUGGCUGACGUCCCUUCACACCCCCCAAAAAGUAUUUUAAGGGACUGGGCCCCCACAAAGUUGAUGGGUAUCGCUUACCUGGACUCCCCCUGUUUUAUUCAAGUUGGCAGCUCUGAAUAUGUGACUGAUUCAGUAUAGUACCUUCCUGGUAGAUUUGCACCAGACAGGCAAAAACCCUUGUUUUAUUAGUAGUUCUGCGAGGCUUCCUCAACGGUUACCACAUUAUUGCCGUCUGGAGGGGGCAGUCCUGUGCCACAGCGCAAGAAAAGAGGGACGGGUAAAAAUAAAUGGGAAUAUGUGUGGUAUAGCAAGUUACAGGAUUUCAGAAGGAAGUUAUGGGACCCGAACCAACUGGGAAAAUAAAGCAGUUUGUCCUCCCUGAAACUUUUGAAAGUGGGGUCAUGUGUAGCUGCCCUGACAACACAAAAUGCCAAAAUGAUCGUGAAUACAGGGUAAAAAAGGAUGUCCCGAGUGAGGAUUAAAGCAACCGCCACUCUACAGGUUCAUAGUAGGGUUGGGGAAGGAAAAUGGUGGGGACCUAAUCCAAGAGGCUUCUAAUUCUGAGCCAUGUUGGCACUUGUACAAAGUCAGAACUCCUGCCUUUUAUCGAUUUUGUCAUUUCUGCUUUCUUCCCGGUUCUCCAGCUGUGACAUCCCAGCAAACAUCCUUCAUUGCUGCCAUGCAUGUCUCCUCCGGUCUCUUAAACAAAUACGUGUGUGUGUGUGUGUCAGCAGCUGGGAAAGGGGGCUGUUUGCUUUUCUCAGCUGCCGUUUGUGACCUUGCCUCUGGCAAACAAGACAUCAGCAAGUUUUUCUUUUUGUGGGUGGGGGUCGCUGCGGGUGGGGGGGCCCAUGGGCCUCUGUGUCCAUAGUACCUUUGUGACUUGGUAGCAACCGCAGCGGAAUGUGUGCGCGGCACAUGUGUACAUUGUGGGUGUGGUAGCAUUGAACCAAACAGAAAUUUGGCUUCUAGAAGAUAACUGUUGCGGGGCGGUUGUUUUAAUCGCCAAAGAAAGCUGCUAGUCCACACGGUGGCAAUAUUUGCUGACAGGUCAGCAACCAAAGGCGGCCUGGUCAGAGGCAAACAAGUGAGAGGAAAUUAACUCCUGAAAGGAAGGAAACUUCCAUGACACAGUCCUGAGUGUGCCCCCAGAGAGGUACUGAUUUUUCCGUGUACUGUAUAAGCCUGGUUUUUCUCCCUAAAAAAUAAUGUCAAAAAUUUGGGGGCAUCUUAUAUACGGGGGUCAUCUUCCCCCAUUUUCUUAAAUCGGAGUCCCCAAAAAUAGGGUCGUCUUAUACAUGUGGGUGUCUUAUACAGUAGACGGAGAAAUAUGGUAAUUGAAGAGGGCCCAAAGUUUAUUUAUUUAACCCCCUGUUCCUCUUCAAACCCAAGGCAGCAAACACAAAAGCGACAAAGUAAUUAAAACAUAUUUAAAAACAUGUAACGUAUUUAAAAACAUGAGAGAUUAUGGUCAGCAGGAUGGUGGAGCGUAUGCAUUAUGCCUACUUUGCUAUGUCAUUGUUCUACAUUUUUUCAUGUUGAAAGCACCUUCAGCAUUGUUUGAAAGGCGGCAUAUAAAUAAAAUUAUGUAUGUACGUAUGUAUGUGAUUGGCUCAGGGUGUGUACUGCUCAGCAGUAUUUGGCUGUUUUUGCCAAGAUGCAGCAGAUAAACUGUUAUGCACAGAUCUCCACGAUUAUAAUUUUAUUAAAAUAAAAUUUUAUUAAGGCAACUGGGGAGAACAGUGAGAAAAGCUCAACAACUUUGCCAAUAAAAGCUCAACAACU